CAGACAAACAUCCAGCGCAGCAUCCACCACGUCCCCUAAUCAAAUCUCUCUCUCUCUCUCUCAUCUCUCUCGUUCCCUUUUCUUUCCUUAUCCCACACUCAUACACCAUCCCAAUCACUCCUCCGCCGCCGGCACAUCUAGGGUUCCGGUGACGAUGAUUCCCUACCAUUCUCUCCACGAAGCAGAGGCCGCUCUUGGCCGCAAUCUCACCUCCGCCGAGAAUUUCUGGUUCAACUACUCCGCCGCCAAAUCCGAUUACUUCCUCUACUGUCACAACAUUCUGUUCCUCUUCCUCAUCUUCUCCCUCGUCCCUGUCCCUCUCGUCGUCCUCGAACUCAAACGCCUCUCCUUCGUCGACUCCUACAAGAUCCAGCCCAAGGUUCACUUAUCCCUUCACGAAAUAACCAAAUGCUACAAAGACGUCAUGCGCAUGUUCUUCCUCGUCGUUGGUCCCCUCCAGCUCGUCUCUUAUCCGUCCAUCAAGAUGAUUGGGAUCAGGGCGGGGUUGCCUUUGCCGUCGGGCUGGGAGAUCCUGGCGCAAUUGACGGUGUACUUUUUGGUGGAGGAUUAUACCAAUUACUGGAUCCAUAGGUUCCUCCAUAACAAAUGGGGUUACGAUAACAUUCAUCGCGUUCACCAUGAAUACUCUGCUCCUAUUGGAUUUGCUGCGCCCUAUGCACACUGGGCUGAGAUCUUGUUCCUCGGGAUUCCCUCUUUUCUCGGACCUGCUCUGGUUCCUGGCCACAUGAUUACCUUUUGGUUGUGGAUAGCAUUGCGCCAGAUUGAAGCCAUUGAUACGCACAGCGGGUAUGACUUUCCCUGGAGUUUCACUAAAUAUAUUCCAUUUUAUGGUGGUGCCGACUAUCAUGAUUACCAUCAUUAUGUUGGAAGACAAAGCCAAAGCAAUUUCGCUUCAGUUUUCACAUACUGUGAUUACAUCUAUGGAACUGACAAGGGUUAUAGGUAUCAGAAGAAAUUGAUUCAGAAGUUGAAGGAAGAUUUGACAAAUGGCAUUGAGCAGAACGGAGGAUUAUACAAGGCACAGGAUUAUAAAUCUGAUUGAGACUGAAGCAUCCUAGGUGGUAUCAGAAUGUGUUGCAUGUUGACUCUUUGGAACUACCUAAUUUCUUGUAGACAUAUCUGCUGGUGGUAAACUAUAUGUAUUUGCUUAGCUUCAGGGUGGAGGUUAGUGAGAAAGGGGCUUUACAAAUUGUGAUUGUGUUAGAGAGAGAGAGGGGGGGGGGGGGGGAAGGAAUUUCUUCAAUUGUCAUGUUUUGGAAUUCAGACAUUUGGUUUUAUAAUUAUAAUAUGUCAGAAUGUUCCCUCCCCUUUGUAAAUUCUGACAUUUGAAAUAGGUUUCCUCUGCCGGUAUGCAAUUCGAUAAUUAGAAUAAAAUUUGGAAGUUCGUUUUCAUAAACUUGUUACCGUUCAUACACAAGCAAAUGUCCUCAUACAGUCCAUAAACUUUUGUACAAGUCUUGAACGGUUGGCGGACGCUGCAACUGCUGUUGCGUCAGGCUUCAAUUCCGUGGAGUUUGGGAUAAUGUCUUGUGGCGGAAUUGAUUUGGGAUUGACACCGGUUAAAUUAUGCCAUGUCCACGUUACCAUCAAUUUAGUAUUAUGUUCAAAGUGAUUGCUUUUCUUUAAGACUACAUUCUCUUAAAAAAAGGAUCAGGAAGUCACGAACCUAAAAUUAUAAAACUUGAUGUUUG